CAGUAGGUCUUCCAAAUGUACCAGGUUAUUACCCCGGGCAAGAUAGCUGUAUAGGUCUCAACAAUCCCUCAAAGAAGCUCCAAAUUGAUCUUGCAAGAGUACAAUCCAGGAGGAUAUGAUCCUUUGCUCCAGAUACAGACUUACAAAAGGGACACCAUGAGGGAAAAGACACAGUGAAGGAAGCCAUUUGUUCUGGGAAUGGCAGACAGUUGUGCCAAAGUCUCCAAAGGAAGAUUUUCACUUUGGGAAUGGUAGAAACAGCUAGCAUAUGUAAAGGGAGGGAGUUUAGGACAUGUUUAAUCAGUGUGAGUCUCCCACUUUGGGAAAGUAGUUUCAGCUUCCAGGAUGCUAAUUUAGCAUCAAUCGCCUCCAGAAUUUGUUUGCAAUGUCCCACCCUCGUAAUACCUUUAUGAAGUUGCACUCCCAGGUAUUUGAAAGGUAGUUUAGUAACCUUCAUCUCGAGCUUGUUCUCAAUAUGCAUAAUCCUUCCAGUUGUAACAGAUUUUCCAAUGACAAAACAGCUUUUGUCCUUGUUGACAAGCUGCCCACAAGCCCUUUGAUAGAGAGUAAGAAAUUUAUUGAAGUUCCCAAUAGACCUAUCCGAACCAUUUAGGAAGACCAUGAGGCCAUCUGCAAAAGCCAAAUGUGAAAUUCUCUUGGCUCUGCCCCAAUUAAAAGCUUCAAUCUCACCAUUUAGGAGCAUAGAAUUAACACCCCUAGCAAAAGCUUCAGACAUGAUAAUAAAUAAAAGAGGAGAUAGAGGGUCUCCCUGUUUUACCCCUCGGUAAGGCUGAAAAUAUCCAAAAGAAUAACCAUUUAAAAGAAUUGAUAUAUGGGUUGCCCUUAAGUUGCCCAUAAUCAGUCUUCUAACUUGGCACCCAAAUCCAAAUUUAUUGAGAAUAGCAUCCAAAAAACCCCAAACAACUCUGUCAAAUGCCUUAGCCAUAUCCAAUUUAAUAGCCAAAUUAGAACCCCGAACCUUAGUGUCUAAAUGAUGUAGCAUCUCCAGUGCAACUAAAACUUGAUGAUUAAUUUCCCUACCUUUCAUAAAUCCUGACUGUUCGGCAGAAAUAAUCUUGGGAAGAAUAGAGGUCAACCUUGUUGUCAGAAUGCGGGUGUUUAUUUUGCUUAGGAACAUUGACAAACAAAUCAGGCGAAAAUCACCAAAAGAAACUGGGCUCUUCUUCUUUGGUAUUAAAACCAAAUUCACACUGCCAACACCUUUAAGCACCGGUAUUCCAAGGAAGAAUUCUUCAACAGCCAAUACUACAUCCUGUUUUAUAAUUUCCCAUCAUCCUUUAUAAAAACUUCCCCAAAAACCAUCUGGCCCAGGCGCAGCAUUUGCAUUAAGACUCCAAACUGCCUCUCUAACCUCAAUCUCAUUUGGAAUAGCCAUCAAGACAUCAUUAUCACAUUCUUGCAAUAUAGUAGGAAUAUGUCUAAGGAUACCUCAUAUGAGUCAGUGUGUUCAAAUUUAUAUAAGCUUUCAAAAAACUUCACAGCCUCCUCCCCAAUGGUUUUGGUAUUAUAAACCCAUUCACCGUCUUCUGUCUUAAUAGCACGUAUAAAUUGUUUUCUAACCUUGGCCUUGACUUAAGCAUGAAAGAACUUGGUAUUCGCACCCCCUUCCUUGAUCCAUUUUAUGUUAGCUUUCUGCUUCCUAUACACCUCCUUCUGAUGUACCCUCUUUAGAAGUUCAGCUUGUUUUUUAUGGCAAAAAGCCCUAGUCUCUUCAGAAGGAUUUGCUUCAAAAUUCAGCUCAGCCAAAAUUGCCUCCUGCUCCAACCGAUCUGCCUCCUCAAAAACAUUCCCAAAGUGUUCCUUGUUCCGAACUUUGAGAUCCGUUUUAAGAGCCUUUAGCUUAGAAACCAUGCCACGCAUUCCCCCAAAGCGAGGGUAAGUCUCCCAUUUUUGACUAACAAAGGGCAAAAAAACAGCACUAGUCAUCCACAUAUUUUGAAAGCGAAAUUGUGAUGGGCCUCUAAGUGAAUCUAAAGCACACAUAAGCAAUAUAGGGCAGUGGUCAGAUGAAGCCUUGCUUAAGUGUUGGAUGUUGCAUGUAUCAAAAAACUCCAUAAACUCCUGGUUUACCAAGUAUCCAUCUAGCCGCUCCCAAAUGCGCCCAUUUGAUCCAACCCCAGUCCACGUAUAGGCUGAUCCUGUUGUAGGUAAUUGCAAUAAAGCACACUCAUCAAUACAAUCCCGGAAGUCAGUCAUAUCCCUAAUGAGUGGACGGGAAGGCCCCUUAUACUCUCCCCAAGAAGAAACUAUAUUGAAAUCUCAUCCCAAAACCCAAGGAACUUGUUCGGGUCGAGCAUAAGUUGACAUCCCUUCCCAAAGAUAAGCUCUCUCCGCACGAGUAUGUUUACCAUACACUGGCCUGAAGACAAACAGAUAGUCCAAGGGAAUGUACCUCAUCUUAAUCAACACAAAGUGACCCUUAUCAAUCACUGAAAUCACGUUGAAAUCUGAAUCAUUCCACAUAACCUAAAUCUUAUUUGACUCCGACAUAAACAAAUCGGAGAAGCCAAUUUUAUUUAAAUACAAAACUCCAUUAUCCGGGCUAAUCAUAGGCUCAAGAAUAGCAAUAAAAUUCAAAAAAUGUUGCCUGCCAAAAUCACGUAGUCUCGGGCAGACAGAAACGAGACCUCGUACAUUCCAAGUUAGCAAAUUCAUAAGGAAACCUUGGGGGAGCCUUCCCUUAUGUUCCUCUUAGCUGCCAAACGAGUAGUAACGGAUCGAGGAGGAAAAUCUUUGAUUUUCUUUCUGGCGACUACCCCUAACGCCUCGGCUUGAUCAUUCUCUAUUGAGGCCACUUUUUUUCUCAACUCUCCACAAACUGAUUUCCAUGCAGCCAUAGUAAGCUCCUCUAUUUUGGUAUUGUUAUCCUCCGAUCCAUAGCCGACCUCACCUUCUUCCAACUGCUGAACAUCUCCUUCUUCAAAUGAAAUAAGUUUUGUGACAUCAGUGGAUACAUGAAUCUUAUCCUCCAUCUUAUUACCUUUAUCUCUGGCAACCUCUUUCAGCCCAUUGUCUGAAACCGAAACAGCCUCUCCAUGCAAAGGCAUCUCAUCCUGUGCACCAACAUUUUCAUGAUGCCCAAAUUGUGUGUUUCCAUGUGUCGUCUCCUCCUCUUGAACAUUCAGAUCCUCUUGCUGAUUUGUCACCUCCACAAUUUGAUCAUCCAUCGACACAUGUGGUUCCAGAACCAUCACUUUGUCUUCAAUUUUUUGGAUGAUUCAACAGUCUCCUUAUCGCCAUGAAAAAUAACCACAUCCUUACCUUUCUUUUUACGCUGAACCUGAAUCCACUCCUCAGAGGGUUUUGGAGCAGCCAGUAUCCUUGUUGGUUUGGUUUUGUUACAAUCAUUCCCAUCACUCUUUUGCUUGAUAUGACCCUCCGUGCGUGACCUUGAGCCACAUGCAUCCUGAGAAUGACCCAACCUAUUGCAUUUAAUGCAAUAUGAAGGAAGGUCAUCAUACGUAACCUGCUGAACUAUUUCUUUACUUCCCUACAUAAUCAAAACCUUCGACGGGAGACCUCCACAAACGAGCGCCUGGAAGAGGCUGCACCUAUGCGUGAUUGAGGUCCCAGUCAUGGUUUAAAAAGGCGCUUAUGAGGCGGGUUCUGAGGCGCGCCUCAAGCUGAGGCGUACUGGUUGGGUAUCAAGGCGUAGGUUUUUUCACAGGUAAAGAGGCUUACGCCUCAUAGAUUGAGGCGCACGCCUCAAAGGCGUUUGUUGAGGCGCACGCCUUGAACACUUGCGCAGUGACUUAAAACAGGUCCAAGUAUUUCAUUUAAUAAAAGACCAGAUUUCUUUCUAAAUAGAAACCCAUAUACUAAACCCUAACAAGUCUUAUUUCAUUCAAAUCAUGAUAAGGAUUUGAAGGAUUUGAACCUUAACGUAUAUUUUCUAUUCACCUAUGCAAAGAACUCUCUCUUCUCCUGCGACAUCUCCUUACAACAACCCAAAAGCUUCCAGGUAACUUUUCUUCUCCUCUCUUCUUCUCCAUCCCCUUCUCUUUCUCCUAUUCUUAUUCAACUCCUCUCCUUCAUUUCUUCUCCUUCACUGCUUUUUAUCCUUCUUUUACGGAACUGUUGUUCUUCUUCUCCUUCACUACUUCUUAUCCUUCUUUUACAAAACUGUUGUUCAUGUUUUCUAACUGGUAAAGGAUUUACUUUGCUUCCUUAGUCAUGUCAUUAAUAAUACUUCUGUGUAGAUUUAGUUUAAUGGUGAGAGGUUCAAAGAAAAGAUGUCAUGCUUCUACUGCUACACCUAGUAGUUCUGAAGGCCUUGGUGAUGCAAUUUAUGUGGGCUGUUUCUGUGUGUUUGUGAGACUGUGAUGUGUCUGUUUUUGUGAGAUGUUUCUUUUUGUGUGUUUGAAGCCUAGCGACUUACUGGUAAUAGGUCACAUGUAUUUGUGUCUCACACUUUUUGGACUUAUAAUUAUGGAUAUCCUUUACUUCUUGAGUUGUUUGUUACUAGUUUAAUUAUAUCAAGUUUUAUAUGUCUGUAUUUUUUGAGGCUUACGCCUCAAUACGCCUCAAAGCUUACGCCUCGCCUCUUAGGAACAAACCGCCUUGAAACCCGAACCCGCCUUUUUAAACCUUGGUCCCAGUGUUCGGUGCGGAACCGAAGUGGUUGCUGCAGAUAGAGCGGGCCAGUUUCCGGCCACCCUGCUGGGAGCUUCCACGGUUGGUGGAGAUGGUCCAACGGUUUGAGGUGCAUGGGUUGUGUAGGUAGGAUUCGUGUGGGUAGGAGGAUUUUUGCCGGCCAUGAGUGAGCUGCCGGAAUUCAGGGCAGCAUUGGUCUACCGGAAUUCUGAGGAGUGGGCUGGAGGACCUUGUUUUCCGGCCAGCAGUGGGCUGCCGGAAUUCAUGGCUGGGGGAGGUGUUUUUCCGGCCAGCAGUGGGCUGCCGGAGUUCAAGGCUGGGGGAGGUGUUUUUCCGGCCAGCAGUGGGCUGCCGGAAUUCUUGACUGGGGGAGGUGUAGAGAGAAGUCAGAGAGAAUUCGUAUUUGUGACACUCAUAUCUUGUUGACUCUGAGUGUCUCAUGUUGCAGAGUUUCUUUCUCCUUUUCGAAUAUCAUUCUUGAUUCAAGAGCACAAUGACACUCUUCUUGAUUAUGGGAAUGAAUUGAUCUUCUUUGAGGCGAUAGAUGUGGAGGAGCUAGGCUUAGCUCAAGAGAGAUAUUGUGAGAUGAAGAAUCUGAGGGGUUCGUCAUUUGAUGAGGAUGAUGAAAGAUCUUGUUAAGUUUUGAAGAUGGUUUUGAGCUAGUUUUGAGAGAUGGAGCUUAAAUGAAGAGUGGGAUGAGGUAAAAGUGACUUUAUACCUGUUGAUGAUAACUGUUCCUAAUUAUCGUUGGAUAGUAAUUGAACAUUUUGCAACUUGAUUAAUGGUUGGCGGCAAGCUCUCUUUUCAGUGCAAAAGCAACUUAGAUAAGUGGGUUGGGAAACUCACUAAUUUAAUGAAGUUGCUUUUACUUGAAUAGUUGACUCAACUGCUUUAUCACCAUUUGUCGUGAUGACAUGUUGCAUGUUAUCAUAAAUUCCCUUCUUCUUCAUAUCUCUGAUUUGAUUGAAGAUAAUCCGCUCUCAUGCUCAUUAAUGUAACACCUUAUCGAAUGUCAACAUGCUUUUGAUGUAAUCAAGAUUAAUUCCUUCUGCAUGGCUGAAUUCGGAUAAAUACUCCAUAUUUUAUUUCAGGAUAUUCGUCGAUCGAUUUGACCCUUCAGUCUUGAGCAAUAUAUGUUCUUCUUGAUUUUUCAGAUAGCCCAUACUUAGAAUAAUUUCCUGAAAUUUCCUGAAACAUUUUGAGAUGUUCCAAGCACAUAAUAAACUUGGAGUUGGUGUUUCAACAGAACCUCUUUUCUGUUUGACCAGGAGUUCUGUUCCUCAUCAGAACUGCUUGAGGUGUUCUGGUCGAACAGAGUUUGAGGAGUUCUGAUCGAUCAGAGAAGCUUGAGGUGUUCUGAUCGGAUCAGAGUAGCUUGAGGUAUUCUGUUGGUUUCAGCAUGCAGCCAAAAUUUUCUGAAGAAUUCAGUUUGCUUCUUUUCCUCUUACAUCAUCCUUCUUCUUUCCUCCUUUCAAGAGUUUCUGGUAAACCAUACUAAUUAUCCUUUUGAACGUCUGCUUCUAUUAUCCAGAACGUUGAUCGAUCUCUUCCAUAUUGAUUUUUUUUAUUGAACAAAUCUCACCUGAUCCUUAGAGCUAGUCAAGUCAUCUGGUUAAAUAAGAUGAUUUAUCUUUAUCUCUUUAGCUUGUAGAAAUUCAGUAUCUAGUCCGAGUGUUCAAUGCUUCCUCAGGAUAGGAUUACUUGCUUUUAGUAAAAUAAUGUCAUAAGAAAUUUUGUCACAUAAUUUCUUGUAACAUUAUUUUCUAUACAUUUUGUCAUUUUGACUGCAAGUGGGUCUUCUGUCUUCUUGUGAGGUGCUAAGAGAAGAAUAGCAGAUAUCGAGUACUCAAUCAGAUUACCUCAUCAGAAUACCUAUGAGGUCUUCUGCUCUGGUGACAUUAGAGAACCACCUCUUCUGUUGAGAUUCUCUAGUACGACCAUAAAGGUUCUCUGGUCUGGUGUUAAUCAGAGAACCACUUCUUCUGUUGAGGUUCUCCGAUACGACCAUAACAGAAGAUCAUGAGAUGGUCUUUUUAAGUAUCGAUUCUUUAAGGGUUUCAGUUGACUCUUUUCGUACCUUUUCUUUUUGUUUCUUUUCUUUUUAUUUUAUGGUACUGAUGGAGUAUUAACUCCUAGAUUCUAGAGAGAAGUGAGAGCUAGAGAGAGAAGUGCAAUAAUAUGCCUCAAUAGAAUGAUUUCGUAACCCCCAUAACUACUCCCAAGGGGAGUAUUUAUAGAGAAAAUUAGGGUUGGGCUCCCAAGCCUUGGGCUUGGGAGGCCCAUUUACAACUGGACCGCUACUGGGCCGAAUACAAAGCCACUAAUGGGCUGUACAAAUGAGUGAGUAUAAAAUCCGAUUCUGUGAGGUCUUCGUGGCCGACGAGGGCGUGGCCGACGAGGGCACGGCCGACGAGGGCACGGCCGACGAGGGCACCCGGGUUCUUUGGACUCAGGACCAUAAUCCGAGGUGGCCCCUUUUCGGCCGACGGGGGCGUCUUGGCCGACGAGGGCGCCACUCUGUUGUCUUUGUGCUUUCUGUUCUUCCGAGUAUGUGGGUCCUGGGGCUCAGACCCAUAUACUCCAUCAGGAGUCCCCCACUCUCUAAGCUGAGACGUAGACGAAGUGAAGGAGAGUAGAUUUCUGUGCUUUGUUGCUUUUGGCCGACGCGGGCAUUUCCAGGCCGUUAGCCGUUGCGGCGUUGGCGUUGUUUCCUCUUUGGUGAUCCUGUUCUCUUUGGCCGUUACCUGUUCCUCGCUGUGGGCGGGGAGGCCGUUGUUUCCUUAAUUUGUUUUAGGAUGAUGAGUGUCCUUCUUUCAAUGGUGGUCGUUGAAGGCGCGCUUUCCCUUUCCUGUACGUUGGUGAUUGGAGUUUAUGUUCGGGCCGGUGAGGUUGUUCCUUGCUUCGAGGACGAUGGCGUCCUUUCCUUUGGGUGGCCGAUGAGGGUGCUCGCACACUCCUUUUGGCCGUUGCUGGUUGGCCUUCGUGUUCUUGGCCGAAGGGCCCGUCAAGAUUAAUUGUUGGCGCAGGACGAUGAGUGUCCUUGCCUCUAGUGGCUUGUUGGCCGUUGCUAAUGACGUUUUGGGCCUUUGGCCGAUGAGGUUCCGUUGUGCUGUUGUGGAUGAUGUGGCCAUGUUUCGUGGUUACCUUGUUUAUACUCUUUGUUUCGUUGAGGCCGGUGUAGUCCCCCAGUCCCCCACUGCUUCAGGCCGAAGAGUGUGAGGGGUGAAGGAGUUGUCUGAGUCCCUGGCCGAAGCGGUCUCGCCGUAGCCCCCCUGAAUCCAACUCUCAUGGCGAUUUUCUGGCCAAGGUAACCCUGUGGGAGAACCCUUGUGCGCAGAUCGCUUGUAGAGAGUUAUCAUCAAGGGUUAUUACGAGGAGCCGAAGGCUGUGGGCUAUUUGUACCCUUUGUUCUGUGGCCGUUACGUUCCUGGCCGUUGCCAUCCUCUUAUUGUUUGGCGUUUGUGAUAUUGGUGAGCAAGUGGGACGUUGUGGGCGCUUGCUGGCAGUUGUAAAGCCGUUGAGCGUGUGUAGGCCGUAGAGUCUGAUCUGCCAGUGGGCCGUUGAUGUCGUGGUGGCCUCCCAUUGGUGGCCGUUGAUGUGGCCAUUGGGAGAGUGCCACGUGUAGUGACCGUUGGUGGGGGGGGGGUCUAUAAAUACCCCUUCCCCUCCGACGAAGAAUCUCAUUUGCGUUCUGAAUUUGUCGAAGUGCUGGCCGAUUUUCUAGAGAGAGAAACUCCCAAGCCUGUUCUUCGUUGUUUGAGGUUAGUGUUCAUCACGAUCUUCCUCACUUUUCAUAUUUUGCUCCGUAAGUAGUUGAUCUAGUGUUAGGCGUUUAAACACCUUUAGAUCGUAAGUUGUUCUCCUUAAGUCCGUAAAAGUAGUAAUGAAGAGCUUGAACGAGGACUACUACCCCUACGACGACCAGCCCUCCAUGAGGUCCCUUGACUACGAGGUGCUCGAGGAGUUUGAAGAGGAGAUAGAGCGUUUGAGCCCCUACAAAUCCGGAGAGCUGAUGGACGAGGAGAUCGAGGACGAGGAGUCCGCCUCCUCUUCAGAGGGUGAGGACGUAGGCGCGUCCCGAGCGGUGGACGGGGCGUCCACUUCUGCUGCCGUUCCGUGCCCGAGGCCGGUAUCUGCCGUGAAGGGCGACGCUAAGCCGAAGAGGGUGAGGAGGCCGAAGAAUGGGCCGGGCCUCUCCUACUUGGACCUCACCAACAUAUUCCUGAUCAAGCCGGAGAGCAGUGCGGCCGACUAUCUUGUCGCCCAGAUGUACGUGGGGCCGUUCGGGCGGGUUAGGGCACCCAAGCCGACGGACCAUGUUCUGCUUCCGCCACCGGGAUACUUCGGAGUAUACCCGAUGAGUUUUGCUAAGGGGUUGAGGUUCCCCCUUCACCCUUUCGUCACUGAGUAUCUGGACAUGGUGGGGCUUCCUCCGGCCUUGCUGACGCCGAACAGUUAUUCCUUGAUAGUGGGCUUCUUGCUUCGGUGUGAGGAGUUGGGCUACAGGCCGACCACGGCCUUAUUCAUGAACUUGUAUCAAAUCGGCCGAGGAAGCCACAAGAACUGUGCGGCCUAUGCUACUCUUCAACAGCUGCCGAGGAAGAGGAGCUUCACGGAUUUGCCUACGUCCAUUCAUGGGUGGAAGAGCAAGUUCGUGUUUGUGUCCAUUGGUGAGAGUGGCACCGAGUUCCCCUCCCUCGGCCAUACCGGGAGGUUCAAUCUUCAUGACCCGCCGAAGAGCUCUAUUUUGGACGCUCAGGUGGAGGCUUUCCUGGAAGGGGGGCCGAGGAGCGUGAAAGAUUACGUCACUGAAUACAAGAUGACGGCCCUCGGCUUCUUCAGAUAUCACUUGUAUGGAGAUAAGGAGGAUGACCUCCAACUCUGGCCGAGGAUGAUCACCACCUUUGAGGAGGCCGAUGGCCCGGAUUUGGGCAUUCCUGCUGAGGCCGAUGACUUUGUCAUGGACCGGCGUUCCAUAAUGGCCGUUGCUAAGGUCAAGGCGGCCGAAGAGCUGGCUGCUAAGGCGGCCGAGGCGGCCCGUCGUGCCGCUGCUGGUGGGAGUGGGGCUACUGCUGACGCGGCCCCAAAGCCUGCCCCGUCCAAGAAAAAGAGACCGGCCACUGACGGCCAGAAAAAGUUGACCGAGGCCGGCGUGAGCGUCUCUAAGAAGACGAAGAGGGCCCCUUCCCCUUCUCCGGCUAGUGAGGCCGGUACGCUUACUGUCCCCAGCGUGGGCGAUGGUGGUCCCGUCGUGGACCUUACUGUUGCUGGUGAUGCCGCCCCGGCGCUGCCUCUCGUCCAGGAGCCGCGGACGCAGAGGGCCGGCAAGGAGACCGCCGGUGACACCUAUCAGAAAGUGAUAGAGUACCCCGUCGGCGGGGGCGUGUUUAAUGAGCUCGUCCCCGGUCACACCGUCCUGGCCAAGGCCAUGCCGGCCAAAGAUCGGGCUCAUUUGAAGAAGAUCGAGGACCCGAAGAUUUAUGAGGGCGGCAUGGAUCUCCUCGUCCAAAGUGCCUUCAUGCUUAUGGAAAGCCACAAGAGGCAGUACUGGGAGAUUGCCCGCCUGCAAGCGCUGGAGCAGAAGGCCGCCUCGGCCGACGAGGCGGUAGCUUGCCUUGACCGGCUUCGGGAGGAUGCCAAGGCGCUGCAGGCCAAAGCUGAUGAGGCCGUUGCGGCCAGGGACGUUGCCCUGGUCCAGCUCGAAGAGAGCAAAAGGGAGCUCGCAGAGUCCCGGAGAGCGCUUGAGGCCGAGAAGCGCAGGAGCGAGGAGGCCGCCAAGGCGAAAGCUGAGGCCGAGGCCGCCGUCGUGAAGGCUGCCGAUGAGGCUGUUGAGAAGUUCUUGGCCGAAGGGUGGAAGGCCGAUGAGAGGCUCCCUUGGUGCUACGAGGUGGUGGCCGCCAGGCUGGAGAAUUGGGGGAUGAACUCCCCUGCCAGCCGGGAGUAUUUCAGCCAGGAGAUGUCUGUUUACUACAACCUGGGCCAGGAGCGGAUGCAAAGGCUCCUGUACCGGCGGCUAUCCCGGGCGUUGAAGGCCAUGAAUUACACGGCUGGAUGGGCUAGACGGAACCUGAAGCUCCCAAAGCUGAUGAAGGAUCCCGAAGGGCAGGCCACGCUUCCGCUGUCGGAGCGGGAGUCCCCCAUAGAAAGCUCCGGCCUCGGCGAGCCGGACUAUACUGAGUUCGAUUUCUUGGAUGAUGCCACCAGCGCCGCUGCCGGCCAGGAAGCUGAAACCGAUGAGGAGGGGGCCGACGAGGUUGAAGAGCCAGCCCCGAAGGCUUGAUCGGCUAGUCCCUAUUGUAGUUAGCUUUUCAUUUGUUGCUCAAUUAUGUAAUGGCCGUAGUGCCCCCCAAUUGUAAUGAAUUUUAUCAAUUGAAGAAAUUUUUGCUGUCCUUUUCGGCCUUGAAUCCUUUGUGUGCUUGUUUGCUUUGUCAUUUCACUUCCCGUCCCCGGCUUGUCAUAACUUGGGUCACCCGCGAGUGUCCGCUACGUCCGUGAGGUUGGCCUUCCCGUCCCUUAGUCUGGUCGGCCUAUGCCUCUUUGCUUUACUGUCAUAACACUUAGGAUUUCGUAUCAAAAUUUUCCUAAGUGUUUUUGGUUUCAUGUAGUUGCUGUCUUUACGGCCUAGUGGCUUGAUCGGCUUGGACGUAGUUCCAUAAUACUUGGGAAUUUCUCCAAAAAAAAAAAAAAAUUUCUAAGUGUUUUGGGAUCCCCUUAGAUGCUUUCCUUUCGGCCUGGUGGCCUUGUCGGCUUGACCGGUGUUCCUUUGCCAUCAUAACACUUAGGAUUUUUUUUAAAAAAUUUCCUAAGUGUUUUGGAUUCCUUUUAGGUGCUUCCGUUUUUAGCCUUGACCGUAGUGUCCGUUCCGUCCAAUCAUUGGCAUCCUCAUCGUCCUGGCCUUGGAUACAUCUGGCCAUGGCCGUUGUCGGCUUGUAUCCCUGUGUUCUGGCCGAUAAGGGCGCCUUCACCAUAGUCUCGUGGACUUUGAAUUUUUUCACAAGUACACAUGUGAAGGUGUAGGUAGCUAACGGCUUUGUAGUAUACUGGUACCCGCUUCGGCUAGAAUUCCUCCAUUUGAGUACUUGGAUAAUUUCCUAAGUAUUAUGUUAGGCAUUUACUUCUUCCCGGUGCCACCGCCGGCCAAGGUCUGGCUUGUUCAAGGGGAUGGUCCUGUAUUCGUCGGCUAGCUACGGUUCCACUGCCUGUGUCGGCCAUCCGAGGUGCUGUGGCAAGUAGAGGUUUCUUGAUUACUUGAUAAGUGCCCGCUUCGUCCUGGUCAUCCUUAGGAUUGCGGUGCUUAUUUCAUACCAAACGUUGGUGCCUCAAAGGACUAUGGCCGAUAAAGGUCACCUUUCGCUUGUCACCCAACCGAUGUGGUUAGGAUUUUGUAGGCGCGUGUUUCGGCCUUGAUUGUUCCCUCGUGGUGUGUGGACGUGUCGUCCAUGCUGCCUGUCAGUGGUACUAAACUUGUGUUCAACUGAUAUGUACUUGGCCUAGUUGGGCCUGAGUUGUGGGGAUUAUUUUUUUUCUUGCUCGAGGCCGGCAAGUGUGCGCGACUGUCGGCUUCCCUCUUUUUCCCUCAUAUGUAUUUUUUUUUUUUCGUUUCGGGGGGUAUCCUUCUUUCAGGCUUCGGCCGAAGGGUGUGCUCGUCCUUCGGCCGGUUCGGACUUCGUUUAUAACGUCCGUGGUCUCAGGGCGGGUCCCGUCGCCUAUUUAUGACGCGGGCUAGACUUUUGGUCGGUUUCCAACGGCUGUCGUUGCCCAUCCCUGAGUUUUGGGAUUUUGUCACCUCGGCCAUGAUUUCAGGCCUGUCGUCCUGCGAUCUGGCGCGUGGACGACGCGGUGAGCUUCCCGUUUCAAGACGUGGGCCGUUUGCGGGCCCCUCGUCCUGGGGACAUCGUCGGCCAUGCCUGAGCGUUUCACUUCUAGGCUUACGGGGCCAGGACGAUGUGCUCUCUCAGCUAGGCCUGAGCCCUUCGCUGAUACAAAAUACAAUGGAGUGCCUGAGCUUGUCGCUCGUAGGCUGCAAAUGCAAGGGGCCAUGUCGACCAGACCUGAGCCUUUCGCUCUAAGGUGGCCGAUGAGGGCACCUGCUAAUGUUUUACUUUAAUUUCCAGAGAAAAAAUCAGAACAUGAUUUUAUUCAUAAGUGGCUCGAGGCCGAGGGUGGCGUUCAAUCAGUAACCCGUUAAGGGGUGAGGGCUUCGCCGUCUACACCUCCUUCGGAUUACUGAUAAAACUUCACCAGAUGAUGUACAUUCCAUGUUCGUGGUACACUGGACCCAUUCGGUCCUUUAAGUUUGUAGGUGCCGGGUUUGACCACGGCACUGACGAUGUAGGGCCCUUCGUACUUCAAUGCUAGUUUGCCACCCUCUGUCGGCUGGCUUGCUUCCCUUCGGCGGAGGACGUAGUCCCCCACCUGAAAUUCCCGGGAACGUACCUUGGCGUCAUAGUAUGAUUUCACUUGACGCCGGUAGUUCUCUGCUCGGACGUAAGCUUGCUCACGCCUCUCAUCAACCAGGUGGAGGUCAAUCUUCAUGUUCUCUUCGUUGGUGUCAGGCUCAUAUUGCUCCACUCGUCGGCUGGGGAUGGCUACCUCCGUCGGCGCCUUCGCCUCAAAGCCGUAGCACAGGGCGAAAGGUGUCUCACCUGUCGCCCUCCUCGGCGUGGUUCUGUAGCACCACAGGAUGUUGGGGAGUUCGUCGACCCAACUACCUCCUGCGGCCUGGAGGUUCUUCUUCAGCCCCUCCAUUAUUGUUCUGUUGACGUUCUCGACCUGCCCGUUGCCCUGAGGAUAGGCAACGGAGGAGAAACGGUGCCUCACCCCAAACUCCCGGAGGAGCUCCUGGAAAGGGGCUGCCUCGAAUUGGGUGCCGUUGUCUGAUAUAAUCUCCUGGGGGACGCCAAAGCGUGUAAUGAUGUUCUUGUAAACAAAUCUUUGGCAUCUGGCCCCCGUGAUGCUGGCCAAGGGUUCCGCCUCGACCCACUUGGUGAAGUAGUCGACGGCGACGAUGAUGUAGCGGUUAUUCCCGGCGGCUCUGGGCAGGGGGCCGACCAGGUCAAUCCCCCAUCUGGAGAAUGGAAUUGCGGUGCUGACAGGGGCAUAAUUGACAGCUGGCCGACCAGGGGCCUUCUGGAGUACCUGGCAUGUGGUGCACUUCCUGGCCAGGUCAGCGCAGUCCCGUGCCAUCGUCGGUCAGAAGAAGCCCUGGACGACGAGACGCCGGGACAUGCUGAAAGGACCCUGGUGCGAGGAGCAGACGCCACAGUGAACUUCUUCCAUGGCAGUGUCGGCCUCGUCCUGGUGCAGGCAUCGGAGGAGAGUGCCAUUGUAGGACCGUUUGUAGAGUUUGCCAUCUUCUAUGGUGUAGCUUGGGGCCCUGAGUUUGGCAAGUUUGGCCCUCUCCUCGUCCUGGGGCAGCUCCCCCGUGGUGAUGAAGGUGGCGAUGUCGGAGAUCCAGUCCUCUGGUCGCUGGUGGACGCACAAGACGGGGCUGACAUGGAUACUGGACAUGCUCAACUCCUCGAUCUUGGCCAACUGGGAGAUGUGCUCCGGGGUGUCUGAGCUGAGCUUGGAGAGGAUGUCGGCUUCGGCGUUCUCGGCCCUUGGGAUCUGAGUGAUCUCAUGGGUUUCAAACGCUUUCAGCAGUUCCUCCGUCGCUUGUUUGUACUGCUUCAUCCGGCCUUCCUUUGCUUCGUACGAUCCCUCCACCUGGCCCACUACCAGUUUGGAAUCGCACUUGAUUCUGAGGUGCUUGGCCUUGAGGCCGGCGGCGAGUCUGAGACCGCUGAGGAGGGCCUCAUACUCGGCUUCGUUGUUGGACACCCUGAAGUUGAAGCGGAUGGCAUAGUAGGCUCUGAAUCCCUCAGGGGAUAUGAGGACGACGCCGCCGCCGCAUGAUUUCGCGGCCGACGAGCCGUCAGUGAACAGGGUCCACGUGUCGUCCGGCUCCGGCCCGGGGUUGGCGACGGCCGUCUCCCUUGCUGUGCAUUCGAUGACGAAGUCGGCCAAGGCUUGCCCUUUGAUAGAUGGCCUUGGCUUGAUCUCAAUUUGAAACUGACUGAGGAAGAUCGCCCAUUUCACCAUCCUCGAGGAGCUAGUGGGGCUCCUCAUGAGCGCGCCGAGAGGCUGCUGGGUCAGCACAUGGACGGUGUGGGCUUGGAAAUAGUGCCCCAACUUCUUCACGGUGUGGACGAUGGCCAGCACCGUCUUCUCAAUGGGGGAGUACCUGAGCUCGGCCUCCCUAAGUGUCUUGCUGAUGUAGAAGAUGGCCUUCUGCACCCCUUCGUCCUCACGGAUGAGCACGGAGCUGAUGGCCGACGUGCUCACCCCUAAGUACAGGAAGAGGGUUUCGCCGGCUUUGGGCUUGGAGAGUACGGGUGGGGACGACAGGUACCUUUUCAAUUCGUCGAAUGCUUCCUGGCACUCCGUCGUCCACUUGAAGCUGUUUGCCUUGCGCAUGAUCUGGAAGAAGGGGAGUGCCCUCUCAGCUAACCUGGAGAGGAACCGGUUCAAGGCCGCCAGGCGCCCCGUCAGUCGUUGUACCUCCUUGACGUUGCGGGGCGGCUCCAUGUUGAUGAUGGCCUGCGUCUUCUCUGGGUUUAUCUCGAUGCCUCUCCGGCUGACCAUGUAGCCAAGGAACUUGCCGCCCUGGACGCCGAAGGCGCACUUCUUGGGGUUAAGACGGAGCCUGAACUCCUUCAUGAUUUCAAAGAUUUCCCGGAGGUCGUCGGCGUGGGAGGUGGCCUGCCUGCUCUUGACGAUCAUGUCGUCGACGUACGCCUCCAUCGUCCGGCCAAGGACCGCUCUGAAGAUUUUGGCCACCAUCCUAGUAUAGGUGGCGCCGGAGUUUUUGAGUCCGAAGGCCAUGACGAGGUAGCAAAAUAUUCCCUCUGGGGUCAUGAAUGCCGUCUUCUCGACGUCAUCUUCGUGCAUGGAGAUCUGGUGGUAUCCUCUGAAAGCGUCGAGGAACGACAUCAACUCGCACCCCGCCGUCUCGUCCACCAACUGAUCAAUGUUGGGGAGAGGGAACGGGUCCAUGGGGCAUGCCUUGUUCAGAUCAGUGUAGUCAACACACAUUCUGAACGUCGGCGGUUUCUGUGCGAGGACGACGUUGGCCAACCAUGUUGGGUACUUCACCUCUUUGAUAUGUCUGAUCGAUAGGAGCAUGGCGACCUCCCCUUUGACGAAGUCCCGCCUGUCGGCGGACAAGUAGCGCCGCUUCUGUUUGACAGGCGCGGAGGCCGGAUCGACGGUCAGCCGGUGAGUGAUCACCUAGCGGCUGAUGCCUGGCAUAUCGUCCGGGCCCCACGCGAAGACGACGAUGUAUGACCGUAGGACGAGGAGGAUGGCGUCUCGUUGGUCCUGGGGGAGCUGCUUUCCGACCUUGAGAACCCGCUCCGGCCGGGAGGUAUCCAGAGGGAUUUCCUCGACCUCCUCGGCCGGCUCCGCAUGUGGCCUCUCCUCGUCCAUGGCGACGGCGGCCGUAAUGGUGUCUAUCCUCUGCCCUUCCCUUUCGGCCGGCCUCGUUAGCUUGAGGUAGCAAGCUCUGGCUAUCCUCUGAUUUCCUCUGGCGUAGCCGAUACCGUCACUGGUGGGGAACUUCAAGCAUAGGUGCUUCAUGGAGAUGAUGGCCUCCAAGUCCUCCAGCGCUGGCCGGCCCAAAAUCAGGUUGUGGGCGCACUGGAGGUUGACCACCAUGAACUCCAUGUCGAUUUUGGCGUGGUGGGGGCCGUCACCGACCUCCACGGGGAGGACUAUCGUGCCCUCGGCGUCGAUAGAGUCCCCGGUGAAGCCGGAUAACGGGGUCUUGAUCGGCUUCAGCAGAGCCCUGUCCAGCUUCAGCUGCUUGAAGGUGUCCAAGUACAUCACAUUGACGGAGCUCCCCGUAUCGAUGUAAGUACGGUGGAUGAUGGAGUCACCGAUCUCACAUCGGAUGACGAGGGCGUCCCUGUGCGAUUCCGUACCCGGAGGCAGAUCCUUGUCGGUGAAGGUGAUCGCCUCCGUUCGCUGCUUCUUUGGCUGGGGGGGGGGGGAACGUGGGAUACCUCCCCAAUGUAAAGGGAUUGGGCCCAUUUCUUCCUCUGAGUGGCGGAAUCCCCCCCAGUGUUCCCACCUACGAUGAGGUGGAUGUGAUUCUUCUUCGGCGGUGGCUUUUCGAAGUCCUCGUCGUCACUGAGUCUGCCAAUCUCCCGCUUCUUCGCAGAGGGUUCGCCCCCAUGUUUGCCGGUGUUUACCCAAGUGUUCUUGCGUGGGCCACCUUUGACAAACUGGGAGAGUUCCCCCUGGCGAAUAAGACGCUCGAUGGCCUUCUUCAGGGUGAUGCAAUCGUCGGUGUUGUGUGACGAGUUCUUGUGGAACCGGCAGUACGUGCCGCCCUGCUGGAUGGCAAGGAUCUCCUCGGCCGGCCGAGGAGCCUGCUCGAUGAGGCCGUGCUUCUCGGCGUAAUCGAGGAUGGUGCCGACCGGGUGGGUGAGGGUUACCCCCGGCCGUUCCAACCUCGGCCGCCAGUGGCGGUCUUUCUUACUUUGUCCACCAGAGCCGUGGCGGCCCUGGGCACCCUGGCCGGCCGGGGACGGACCCGAGGCCGGCGAAGGAUUUGUCUUCUUGGGGGGAUGGCCCCCCUCUCUUUUGUGAUUGUGGAGCUCGUCGGCGUCGGCGUACAAGCCUCCGCGCUGGAGCGCCUUGGUGUACGACCUCGGGGGGUCGGUGAUGAGGCUCCUGGCGUACGGGGAGCUGCGGAGGGCUCCCUGGUACAAGGCGAGGAGGGUGCGCUCAUCGGCCCCCUCGACCUCCUCGGUCUCCCUCGUCCAUCGGUCGAUGAAUGACCGGAGGGACUCCUCGUGCUGCUGUUUGACGGAGAGGAGGUGGGUGAAAUACUUCUUGGCGCGCUUCCUUCCGGCGAAGUGAGUGAGGAAGCGUUGGGCGAGAUCUUGCCAUGAGUCAAUGCUUCCCUCUGGCAGCCCGUUGAACCACUCGUACGCUGGCCCCUCGAGAGUAGAGAGGAACCAACGGCAGAGGUAUUCGUCUGACGCAUUAACCAUCAGCAUGUUGUUUUGAUAGCGGCUGAAGUGCUCCUGGGGAUCUGAUCGGCCAUCAUAGGACUUGAUGGCGUUCCCCCUGUAUUUCUCAGGGAUGGGGGCCGAGAGGACCCUGUUGGUGAAAGGGGUCCUAGUCCUGACCUGGAUGAUGGGGUCACCUCGCCCCUCGGCCAGCUCCCUCUCCAGGGCGCUAACUUUGUUCAUGAGCGCGUUGAGGCCGGGGUCGUUGGAGGCGCCGGCCGUGGGGACGUUGGCCGACUGCUUGGCCUCCAUCUGAGCCAGCCUCCUCUCCAGCUGGGCGAUGACCUCGUCUCGGGGGUCCCUGGCGGCCGUAGCGCCGCUCGGCUGGUUCCUCAAGCGCUCGUUGUGAGCCGCGUUGAUCUGGUGUCGCACGUCAUCUUCAUGCAACUUUCCCUUGCCCUUGUCCGGGCAGGGCUGGUCCGCUGUCCGGGACACAGACCCCAAGCUUUCCCUUGGCGAGCCAGGACGAGGAUCACCAAUCCGUCCCGCCAUCCUCUCCGAAACCGGACGACGGCGCGUGUCACCAAGCCUAUUGAAGGCAGAGGCUUUUCCACGCGCUGGGGUCUGCCCGGGCCGAAGAGGGGAAGCAGGGUGGGAAUGAGACGACGCCGUGUCCUGGGCCACAACCCCCUCAUUGUUGCCUAUCUGGUCGGCCAGUGGUUGGGGAUGAGGAGGCGGAGUGACGUUUCCCCCGGUCCUUGGCAAGAGUGCGCUGAGGACGGUGGGAUUCUGAGCCAAGCUGGCGAUGAUAGCCGACAGUGCGGCCUGGACCUGGGGAUCUACGGACGGAGAGGCCGCGGCCAUAGGCUGGGCCGGGGCGUGGUCCGCUUUCUCAGCUCGUUUCUUUUCCAGGCCGAGGCGGGCGUCGGGGACUCCGCCGUUGAGUUGGUUGCGGAGGUCCGUCGUGAGGUUGAAGGCCUCCUGGAAGAGGUCAUCUCCGCCGACCUGGUCGGCCGUGGCGUCCUCAUCGUGCUCCCUGGGCUCUUGGUCCUCAGGGAUGACUUUGCUGACGAGGUUGCGGUUUGACUUAGUUCUCCCCAUGGUCAGUGGUUAGCUGUGCUUGGUAGCGACGAAGGGUGCUAACUUGAUUGUUCUAGCUCUCAACGAGAGCACCAAAUGAUGGAGUAUUAACUCCUAGAUUCUAGAGAGAAGUGAGAGCUAGAGAGAGAAGUGCAAUAAUAUGCCUCAAUAGAAUGAUUUCGUAACCCCCAUAACUACUCCCAAGGGGAGUAUUUAUAGAGAAAAUUAGGGUUGGGCUCCCAAGCCUUGGGCUUGGGAGGCCCAUUUACAACUGGACCGCUACUGGGCCGAAUACAAAGCCACUAAUGGGCUGUACAAAUGAGUGAGUAUAAAAUCCGAUUCUGUGAGGUCUUCGUGGCCGACGAGGGCGUGGCCGACGAGGGCACGGCCGACGAGGGCACCCGGGUUCUUUGGACUCAGGACCAUAAUCCGAGGUGGCCCCUUUUCGGCCGACGGGGGCGUCUUGGCCGACGAGGGCGCCACUCUGUUGUCUUUGUGCUUUCUGUUCUUCCGAGUAUGUGGGUCCUGGGGCUCAGACCAAUAUACUCCAUCAGGUACAUUUCUUCUCUUUUUAGUACUCUCUGUUUUUCUUGAGUACUUUAUCACUAUGGAGCACAUUACAAUAAAUAGUAGCAGAACAAAUACAAGCUCUAGUCUAUUACAAGGAUAUUUAAAAAGGGGUGGCAUCAUCAAAUCAAUAUAUGAUAAUCAAAAUCUAGGGGACCUAACAUAUACCAACAAUUAAUAUUUUUUGUUGGUAACUAGAAUAUCAAUUCCUACGGCUAGUUUACUUUGUUGGUAUAGGUUAUGUAUUCCCUAUAUUAAAAUCAUAUUCGUAGUUAUAGUGCUACAUAUUCCAACAACUAUAAUUAAAAAUGUAAGUAAAAAAUUGACCACUAAAUUUAAAAAUAUAGUAUGUGAAUUCCUUAAAGGGCUGGACUGGAGCUUCCAAGAGUUAAAAUAGAGCUCAUAAUACCAAACUCGAAAUCUUACAAAAAACAGAUAGAGAAACCAUUCCAAAAACUCAUUUAGUCUAUUCGGCUCUAGCCUUCCAUUCUGUCGUACUGGCCGUUUAUCCAGGUAUCUACACUUGGCUUUUUUAGAUCUAUCGUUAACCAUUUCAAAUCUGAAACACUGCUUUAUUGUUCGCAACUCGCAGGCUCACCGAUUUGGCCAUGGAUUUGAAGUAGAUCAAUUGCACAACUUCUGAACGUCGUAUCUUCGUCAUUAAGAAGGACCCGAAGACCGGGAUGUGGUACGCAACUUGCAAAUGGUGCGAGAAAAAAUGUAGCAUGGGGGUUUCAGGCGGAUACGGGAUGACAAUCAAGCAUAUGAAGUCAUGUGACAAAACGAAAGGAUCGGGAGGUGCGGGAAGUUCCGAUUGAUUACAAUUUUCAAAAUGUUUGUCUCUUAAAGUUUGUUUUAAUUUUCAAAUGUAGUUCCUAUUUCAUUUCAAAUAAAUGCACUUGAAGUUUGUUUUUAAUACUCGUAUAAAACUAUAAACUAUAAAAUAUAAAUUAUAUAAAAAAAAACUUUAACCGGCCCGGCCCGAAUCGGACCCGACCCGUGACCCGGGCAGGUGGCCCGACCCGAACCAGACCCGUCCAACCCUCGGGCCGGUCCCGGGCCCAUGUCAUACAAACCGGCGGCCCGACCGAGCCUAGGCCCGACCCGAGUCCACGCCUAAGCUAGAGUGGCACUACCCCAACUGAAGUAUGCAGCUACAUCAAGUCUCUCUAGCAUCGGCAAGUGCAGCACUUGAACCUCAUUUCUGCUCUUGUCAGCAAAAAAUGGAAGCUCCCAUCAGCAUCAAAAUGUAUGCAUGUGCAUGAUGUUGAAUCAUCACAUCAUCUGCCUCCAAUGAAGAAUAGAGAUCACCCAUGAAUGUCUGUCUAGAGAGGGGGGCGAACACCCAACAAUUGUUCCACAUCCUCAACCCAUGGUCGACAUGCAGUACUUGUAACUGCUCUCCCAUGGACCUGUAAGCCCGUCAAUACAGUCACAUCUCCCAAGGUCACUGUCACCUCACCAAAUUGGAAGGUGAAAUUUGUGUGUCUCCUGCCUCCAAAGCUAAGAAAAGCUGUGAGUAGAGCUUUAUCAAGUGGGACUGUAGCCACCAAUCUGUGAACACACAAAAAAAUUGUUGCUCUAACAUGCGCUAACACUCUAUCGUCCACUUGCACGUGGGAUAAAGUACGGAGGUGCUCUCGACACCUAUCAACCUGCACAUCAAGGCCACGCCACACGUCCUCAAUCCUAUGUGUGGCCUGCAAUGUCAGGACAUAAUGAUCAAUCGGCCCUGGAUCCACUGACACCUCCAUAGUGCCUACAAUAAAUGAAAAGGUGUAUAAGUCAUUAAUCAAUUAAUAAUUUUUAAUCAAUUGUUUUUUUUAAAUUCAUAUUAGUAGGAGUUGUAGAUUUUAAGAAGUAAAACCUUACCCAGUGGACCCCCACCAUCUCCUGAAGAUCUCUUCGCACAUGUGACCCUAUUAUGGCCGGUUUGUUUGCAUAAUCCACAUCUAACGGUUCCUCUUCCACCUUCAUCCAUCUCAUUCUUAAUUCGUGUGGACUUUGGUCAUCUCUUUGCACGAAGCAUGGAAUGAUCGUGCACAAUUCGCGAUCCAGUGUAAGUCGGCCAAUAAGCACGAUCGGGAAUGAGUUUAAUAUGUUCCCAACUGAGCGGAUAUCAACUAGGGCCUAACUAGUUGUGGUUCAAGGAGACGUGGAUAUCCAUAUGUUCCUAACUAUGGACAUGUAUUAUUAUUAGAAUAUGGAUUUCUCCAACUUCCCACAAAUGUGCCAUCGGGGAGGGAACGGGGGAGAGAGGAGACGUGGAGACUGAUCAUACCCAUGACAUCAACUAGGGCAGUGCUCAGGGGCGGAUCUGGCAUAGGGCCAGGGAGGGCCUAGGCCCCACCUCAAAAAAAGAAAAGAAAUUACUAGUAUAUAUAUUAUAUAUGUACUGGGAAGAAAUGUUAUAAUUAGAACAAACGUCCUAUUGUAAACAAAAGUUACGUUGGUGUGAUGGUAGAGGCGUGAUUGGUAGUGUAGAGGUUAUGUGUUCGAUUCCUAGCUGGAGCAGCAUUUUUUUUGUAUUUUUCAUCCAAGUCCAGGAACAUGCUAUCUUACACAAAUCAAGUCUGAAUUUUAACUUUUGAAUACUAGGAUGCAAAAAUUAAGUAGUCCAACUAAUUGGGCUUUAUUAGUCUGAAAAACCAAUUAGUUCAAUUGAUUGAGCUUUUUGAAUUUUGUCCUAAAAAUUAAUUAGUUUAAUUCAUUGGGCUUUUGAAUAUUGACCGAAAAAUUAAUUAGUUUAAUACAUUGGAUUUCGUAGGUGAAAAUAAGUUUUCUUUACAUAGAGUAUAAAUUUUAGAGUAAAAAAAUCGGUUUAUCUUGUUUCCGAGAAACUAACCUAAAAAUUGGCACUAAACAUUUGGGUAACCGAUAAAACUUCGGUUCGAUAUCUAUGACUUUUAAGAUAAUUGUAUUGUCGGUUCUGUAAUAUUCAAUUUAUUCUUUGACAUUUCUAUAAUUUACAUUUUGACUUCUAAGAUAGUAUUAUACUGUACUACAUUUUGACAUUUUUUUAUAAUAUACGUUAUUUAAUUAAAUUUUGGCCCCACCUGAACGUAAAUGCUAGAUCCGCCCCUGGCAGUGCUUACCAAGCCAAAGAAAGUGGGCCAGCCCACCAUUUGAGCGGGCUAGAUUUCCACAGCCCACCCCAACUAGUUAAAACUUUAUAACUAUGUAGAUGGUUGAAGUGAUCUGAACUUUAUAGGUUUUCAAGAUUUGAUUCAAUAUAAAACAAGACAAAGUUCUGCAUUAUAAUGACUUGACUUGCAUUUAUAUUUUAUCAACAAAUUUGGUAUUAGUAGUUGAUGUUAUAUUUUUGGUUGAGUAUAGAUGUUUUUCACUGUAUAAAAAGAUCGGUGCUAGUAAUUCUAAUAAAUACAUUGAAUGAUGUUUUUAUUUUUUCUUGCAAAUUAUAAUUCUAUUUUGGAUGUGGUGUUUGUGUAUGUAAAUAUUAAGUAAUUAUUAUUCUUUCAUAUAAUAGAACAAUAGCAGAGGUAUAUUAACCGUUGCUAUAGUAAAAAGUUAGGUAAAACUGUUCCAUGUCUAUAGUCUAGGGGUGGACCGAGACCAGGUCGGGCAGGGCUUGGGCGAGCUCCGUGUCCAAAAUAUUCAGGCCCGAUACCGGCCCGGGUUAGUACCGAGACUGGGUCGAGCAUGAAUUAUUUUUAUUUAUUUUUUGUCUUUUCAAAUUAAUUCCAACACCCCACCCCCAAACCGUCCAGCCCCACCCACCUUGAAAAAUUAGGCCCAGAUCGGGCCGAUCACCUUGAAACACAGCCCGUAGCCCGCCUCAUUAAAUCCCGGGUCAGGUCAUCGGGCCUGGUCCUGGACCGGUUGACGGGCCUGGUCCCGGAUCGGUUGACCGGGCCUGGUCCCGGAUCGGUUGACCGGGCCUGGUCCCGGGCCGGUUGACCGGGCUAGGUCGCGGGCCGGUCCUAGUCUUGAACCAAUUGACCGGGAAGGGCCGGGACUAAACAGUACUGGUCCGGGCCGAGUCCCACGAGUAAGAAAUAUGUUGGUACAAGUUAAUAAGCUAUUGCCACGAGUAGUCUAUACUAAAGGUAAAUGUAAAUACUAAAUUUUAUUGGUUUGUUGGUACAAGUUAAAAAGCUAUUCCCACGAGUAAGAAAUAUGUCGGUGUUGGUCUAUAUCGACAGAAUGUAUAUUAACAAUAGAGAUUCUAUGGGAAUAGCUAGCUAGUAUUUUCGUUGGUAUAGCUAAUUGAUGUCUAUUCCAAAAGUUUAUAUAUAUAUAUACCAACGCUUUUGUUAUUGUUGAUAUAUGACAAUUUGUUUGUAGUGAAUAUGUUUUUGAUGAUCCAUUUUGAACCCUAUUUGUGUCUUAACUACCAUGUCAGCUCACUAUUUUUGUCCAUCCCUAAAAUCCUAUAGACUACAAAAGACAACUAGAACUAGAAUCAAUUUUGAGGGAGCCGGGACCAUGAAAACAAUUAGUCGAGCGAUGGUGGUUCAUUGCAAUGUGGCUAAACUAGUUUACAUUGAUAGGGGUGGUUCAGAAUUUUGAGUUUGGUUUUUAGCCAAACUCCAAAAUCAAACACGCAACCAAAGUAAAAAGUUUGGUUCGAUUUAAUUUUGCAUUUCAAAAUAUGAAAUCAUGGUUUAAUUGCUUCAAUUUGUUUUAUUUCGGUUUUGAAUUUUUAUAAAAAAUGUUGGGGGAAAAAUCAAAUGCAUAUAUACCAUAAAAAAUAACAUAAACAAAAUAAUGCAAACAUAUUAGAAAUAAAUAAAGAAAAAGAGAAGCCAAAGAAUAAAUAUAUCUUGAAUUAUACUUGAGAAAAGGAAUAUUUUCCCGUUUUUUUAACAAAGUGCUUCGUAGGAUUAUAUAUUACCUAUAAAAAGUUAAAGAAGCUUUGUUUUUAAAAGUUGUGUACACACUACAAAAAAGCACGCGUUUUGUGAAGGAUUUUUGUCACGGAUUACGGUCGUGACAAAGUUGUCACGGUCUUUGUCACGGAAAAAUGGGAUUUGUCACGAAUACGUUUUGUCACGGAUACGUCUAUGACAAAAUCCUUGACCAUUCGUUGUCAUGGCUAUGAUCCGUGACAAAUUUGAAUUUUUAAUUGCUUCAAUUUGUUUCAUUUCGGUUUUGAAUUUUUAUAAAAAAAUGUUGGGGGAAAAAAUCAAAUGCAUAUAUACCAUAAAAAAAUAACAUAAACAAAAUAAUGCAAACAUAUUAGAAAUAAAUAAAGAAAAAGAGAAGCCAAAGAAUAAAUAUAUCUUGAAUUAUACUUGAGAAAAGGAAUAUUUUCCCGUUUUUUUAACAAAGUGCUUAGUAAGAUUAUAUAUUACCUAUAAAAAGUUAAAGAAGCUUUGUUUUUAAAAGUUGUGUCACUACAAAAAAGCAAGCGUUUUGUCAAGGAUUUUUGUCACGGAUUACGGUCGUGACAAAGUUAUCACGGUCUUUGUCACGGAAAAAUGGGAUUUGUCACGAAUACGUUUUGUCACCGAUACGUCCAUGACAAAAUCCGUGACAAUUCGUUGUCACGGCUAUGGUCCGUGACAAAUUUACUCCAGUCACCGGUUUUUUACUCCGGUCAAAACUUUUUUUGCUCCCGGGCAUUUGUCACGGACAGAUCCGUGACAAAAUCCGUGACAAAAUUCAAAAAAUGUUUGUCACGGACGGAUCCGUGACAAAUUCCGUGACAAAUUCCGUGACAACCCUCAAUUAUUGAUUUUCCAGCGAUAACCUUUAAUAAUACAGUACAGAAAAGGAGUUGUAAGAACAACACUUAUCAGUUCAAAAAUUCGUAGAUUCGAGUGAUGUAGUAUCGGUUUAAAGAUUGAAUGAUGUAAUCUGUCAGUUCAUCAUUUUUCCUGUUUAUGCAGAUAAGAUAUGUCAUUUUAACUAAUUUCUUUUAAUUAUGUAAUAAAUUAUUAGUGAGGUUAGUUGUUCAUUUAUUUAAACUAUAUAUUAACGUAAUUUUAACGUAAUUUAGUGAGGUCAUGUUAAUUUUCAUAUUAUUAACAAUAUAUUAAACUAUUAACGUAAUUUAGUUAAAUUUAAAUAUUAGUUAAAUAUAAAUAUUAAUUAGUUAAUUGAAAUGAGUUUAUAUCACCAAUGAUUAGGCCGGUUUGUUUAUCAGCAAUUAUUGUUAAUGCAUAAUUUAGGAUUUGUAGUGAUUUAAUUAAGUUAGGAUUGAAACUUUAUUAGUUUAGUGUGAAUUAUUAUUGUGAAUUAAAGAGAUAAUAUUUAACAAUAUUAGUUAUUGCUCACGGUUAAGAAGAACGUCUUUGACAAUAUAUUAGUUAUUGCCUCGGUCCUUCUCAUUCGUAACAAUUUAGAUGUCAUGCACGUUGAGAAGAACGUCUUUGACAAUAUAUUUAACACGGUUAUGGAUUUUACCCACAAAACCAAAGACGGUCUUGCAUCUAGAAAAGACAUGACAAUUUGGUGCGACAGACCCGAACUCGCCGUCGAUCUAGAAUAUGUGGGUAAAAAAAUUCCAAGAGCAGUCUACCAACUCACAGAACCACAAAGGGAAUCAAUAUUAGAGUGUCUUGUUUAUCUAAACUUUCUAGAUGGCUAUUGCUCUAAUCUGUCAAGAUGCGUGGACCUGGACAAACAAACAAUGACGUCGAGCAUGAAAACUCAUGAUGCUCAUGCAAUCAUGCAACGGCUUCUGCCGAUUGCACUGAAAGAGAUGCUUCCUGCAAACGUCUGGGGCUGUAUUACCGAAAUCAAUCAAUUGUUUCAGUCGAUAUGUUCCACUGUUUUGGAUGCCGAAUCUCUCAAGAGACUAGAAGACAUUGUUCCUAUUCAGAUGUGUAAUUUGGAAAAGAUACUGCCCCCGUCAUUUUUUGAUGUAAUGGAACAUCUUCUAAGAAAUCUUCCAUAUGAGGCUUUGAAUGGAUGGCCCAUCUUCUAUCGUUGGAUGCAGAUUUGAAAGAUUUCUGGGAGAGUUGAAAAAGAAAGCGACCAACAAGGCACACAUUGAGGCUUCAAUUUGUCAAGCAUAUAUUAAACAAGAAACCUCAAAGUUUUCAUCUUUUUAUUUUGAGCGUGAAGUCAUCAGUAAAAGAAAGAGACCUGCUCGGAACGAUGACAUUAGCGAGGAUUCAUAUGACAAAGUAGUUUCUAUUUUCAACUACCCAGGUAGAGGUAAAGGAGCUUGUAUAGUUUUGGCAUCAUCAAAAAGGGGGAAAUUGUUAGUACCCAAUUUUGAUAAGAUUUUGAUGAUGCCACUAUACCAAGCACGUGUACAUUGUGUCUCAUUUUGUUCUAGUAUUUACGUGACAAAUUAAAUGUACAACUUUUGAGUCUAAGAAAUAUUACCGGAAAAGUAAAAAUGCAAUAAGGUAAAUUUUCUUUACCUUAAAUAGGAUAUUUGAAUCCUACCGACAAAUACUAUUUGACUCAAAUGUUAUUCGUAUGUCACAUUUUUAGAUAAAAGAAACUAGAAGUAUCAAAUGAAUGAUUAGAGACAAACAUUGACCGGCAUUUAAUGCCAAAUACGUACUGGGUCCGGAGUCAUGUACAUACACAUGGGACUGCAGUUUGAAGUGAAGCUCCAGCGGGUGAAUUAUUCAAGACAAAUGAUUCAGCCCGAAUUAAAGCUCCAGCACAAGAAGACGAAUGUACAAUUUGUCCUUGCCAGAAUUUCAACGUCAAAGAUUAAUCCAUCCUAACCAAUGGAUGAGAUUAAUUCAAAGGAGAUGCCUAUAAAUAUAGACUGAAACGAAAGUUUCUAACCAAGCGUUUGAGCAUCCAAAGAGAA